GAAAAGUGAUUUUAUAAUCAUGAAUUUGUGUGGUAUAAUGUCAAUGAGCCUCUUUGGCUUGCUUAUAUUGGUGUUGGGAGUUGUUUUCCCACAAAUAUUUCCCGGCAUAAUGAAAAAACAGUUGGAGAAAAAACUUGUGCUGAGUGAGGACAGCGAGACCAUCGGUAACUUCAUUUCUCCUCCUGUGCCCAUAUUCAUGCAGUUCUAUAUCUUCAACGUGACUAACGCUCCAGCAGUGCUCGAAGGAGAAAAGGCUGUACUUGACCAGAUCGGACCUUUCACGUACGAAGAAAAGAGAAUGAAAUUCGAUCUUUUCUGGGAGCUGGAAGACAAAACAGUGGAAUAUCAACAAAAUAAGACGUUCUUCUUCCGUGCUGACAUGUCCAAUGGCCUCACUGAAGACACUCUUCUUACUGUGGUCAACCCAGUCUUGAUAUCGCUUGGAGCAAAGUUCAGCAGACUGCCCUCAUUGACACACGGUAUUCUUCAGCUACUUGCUCUUCGACACGACAUGAGUCCUUUCAUAACGCGAAAAGCUGGCCAUCUUCUUUACCACGGAUAUGAUGAGCCACUAUUGGAGCAGCUCUCUCCAUUGACUCGUAAUCCUAUUCAUGCAAUGGGAAAAUUCGGUUUCUUUUUCCCCAAGAAUCACAGCAGUGAUGGCAUUUACAGAAUUCACACCGGUGCUCAGGGCCUUAAUACUCUCCAGGUUAUCGACGAGUUCCAAGAGGAGCCGAUGUUGCCAUAUUGGCUCACUGACGUUUGUAACAUGAUCAAUGGAACGGAAGGAUCACAAUUUCCUCAGCCGAUCACUGAAGACAAAAAGUUGAUGAUGUACUCUUCCGAUUUGUGCCGCUCUCUAUACUUCAAGUUCGAAAAGAAAAUUAAUCACGGUGACUUGGUUUUAAACCGCUACACCCUCCCUUAUGAAGUUUUGGCAAAAAGUCCAGAGAACGACUGCUUCUGUUCUGACGAUUUCACAUGUAGGGACUCGAUGGUGAAUUUGUCGCCGUGCAAAGACGGAUCUCCGGUGGUCGCUUCUACCCCGCACUUCUACAUGGGCACAGAAGAAACAAUUAACGAUGUAGUAGGUCUCAACCCCGUGAAGGAAGAGCAUGAAACUUACCUUGACAUUGAACCCAACACCGGGGUGACGUUCAGAGCGCACAAACGCCUUCAGAUCAACAUGCCGCUGAAAAGAUAUGAAGCUUUGCCUGACUUGCAAAAAGUGCGUGAAGUUAUACUGCCCAUCAUGUGGCUGAACGAGAGUGCCGUGGUGCCCGUAGAAAGAGCCGACGCACUGAACGCAAAACUAACCGUUCCACUGAUCGUGGUCCGCUACGUUUGCAUCGCUAUGGUGGCCAUGGGGGUCAUUAUUUUGCUCUUGGCCUUGGCCUUCAUUGUAAAGAUGUGCAAGGCUCCCAAGAAUGAGAAAGAGAAAGUUAAUGAAAAGCUAAAAAAAGAAGCAAUCAAUGACUACGACCGAAGUGAGGUAUACAAGCACUUAUUCACUAAAGCUUGAAUAAUUUGAUCUUGGUUCGUUUCGUUUUUUCAUAAUUAAAGGUAGUUGGCAGAUGUAAUGUUCGCAUUAUUCUUAGGCAACUAUUAUUUGCCAAUAGCAAUGGGAAUUGGGAUAUUUCAAAUUGUUAUGAUUGAGUUGUUGGCAAUUUAUUACGCCAUUGAAUGUAUCGGAAAUUUAUCCACUUUUAGUUUUGUUCUGUUACUGUUGAUGGUUUGAACCUGUUAAUAAUAUAUGUACAGUAGUACGUGUGUAUAUGUCCAAUUGCUUGCGCCUUCAUAAUUCAAUCGUCUUUUCUAGACAUGAUGCUCAUUUAAGGCUAUGAAAACGUUAAAUAUCUGUAAGUAUAAAGUUGUAGGUCGAGAUGCAUUGCAAAACCGCUCGAUAUUUUUUUUUUUCAUUUUUAACGACCAUCGAACUUCUGGAGAAAAGGGAAUCAUUUUCCAUUCAGACCGUCAUUUAAAAUUCGACAGCAAUAUGGGUAUUUUGCCUCAAAAUAUGAUAUCCAGGAUGGAAGGAAGCCUCAAAUGCAAUUAUCCGCUUUAUCCGUUCCCUUGAACUAAGUCAGCGAACUAACUUGAGUCAGCGACUAACUCGGUCAAGACCAUCGCAAGCUGAUCCAUAAAAAGUAGUUGGAUCGCAGGCUCCCGUCGCGCGCUUCCUUAUCCUGAGGUGGACAAUAAUUGUACUGGACAUGCAGUAACUGCAUCUUGACGCUUCCGUUGACUGACGACACUCGGUCCCUAAAAAGUUGUUCAGGAAGUUGAUUACCUUCUGUUUUUCUGUUUUACAUAGGGGUAUUCCGCUAUAGAGGUUUGCUGUUCGUUAGAGAUUAUUUAUCUUUAAUUUUCGCUUGACGAGCGAUUUACCGAAUCAUAAUGAAGUCAUUCCCGUAGUUGUACGGAUAGUAGGUUGCGAUACAGGAUCUCCAGGCAUUAUUAUAUUAUUUCCGUUCAUUAUAAGCUAAUAUUGAAGAGCCGUUAUCAAAACCGGCUGAACAAAUGACGUAACUUACUUAGUUUAGCAUGCCUGUAGUGAAUGAGAUAUUCGUCUGAUCAAUGGUGUGCGUCAUAUUCGAUUAUCUCGAAAAAACGCAUGGAAAAUUUUUCAGUGUCUAGUAGCACUUGUGAAAGCAUUUAUUUAGAAGAAGCGUUUCUGGUACGCGUUUCUAGAUGAUUUUAAAUUAAUAUACAAGUUUACUGCAGUUCGUAAUCCCUGUCACUUGAAACUAAAUAUGGGAUCCAAUAAACACACUCCGUUUAUAUUUAUUUCCCUCGUAACUUCCUACGUUUCUAAAAUUUAUUUGAGCGGACAAUAUUCCUGAGCUGGCUUUAGCGCUGAUGUUAUAAGAAUUAUGUGGUGUAGGUAUGAUAUUUAGAUUUAUGUAUCAAUCUAAACGAUUGAUGUAUAACCCUACGUCUCUGAAGAUUGAUGUAUAUAAAACCCUACGUAUGGUUAUUUUUGUCAGAAGCUUGUUAAACUCAAUGUAUUUGUAACUUAUU